AGAAUGCAGGUCAUCGGUACUGCUUUGGAAGAGCUACUCGUUUCGGCGAAGAAUCAAGAUUGCUUGACAGUCGGGGUACAUGAAUCAGCAAAAGUCAUGAAUGUUUAUCCAGACAAUGUGGCAUGCUGCGUCUUAGUGAUUGACGAGGAGUACGAAUGCGACAUUGCCCGUCAGAUUCACUUCACCCUCAUCCAGGCUUUUUGCUUUGAAAACGACAUCAACAUCGUGAGGGUGAAUGACAUCGAGCGCCUUGCCAGUAUUGCUGGCAUUGACGAGUCGGAGGAAUCUAAAGACGUUCACUGCCUUCUUAUCACGAGCCCAAAUGUGGACUCGUGGAAGGAUCCUGCUUUGGACAAACUCCGGCUGUUCUGCAAAGAGAGCCGCGGCAUGUACGAGUGGGUGCCGACAAUUACCCUCCCCGAGCGCUGAACUGGGCCACUUCUCUACGCUUCUGCAACAGAAGGAGAAGGAACCUAUUCCGGAUCACCGAGUGUGAAGUUCCCACUCUGAUAGCGGAGGAUGUAAAGCGAACCUCCAGAUUUCGGGGACUCUCUCUGGAAUUCCGUGCUGGCGCUGACUGGAUGGGUACAGGA